CACAAACCAUUACCACAAACACUCCUUUGAGCUUCCAAAAUAACGGAACUAUAAUAUACUUUAUGAUAUCAGAUCAUUUCUAUUUCCUCAACUAUACACCCAACCCCCACCAAAAUAUAAACUAACCUCAUCCCCAGACCCAUAAACCACCAUCUUUCCACACCCCCCCCUCCCACACGUCAAAUAAUGUCUGGAGAACAUACCCACGCCAACCAACACCCCGUCACGGGAACCAGAGGCGGCGCCAGCGCCGAACCAACCCCGGCCAACAACGUCGGCGGCGGCCGAGGCUGGGGCGACACGGGAUUCUUCAAGGGCGGAACAGACGAAGGACCCGGUCAUAUCUCCGGUAAAAUCAAAACAUCAUACUCCUCUGCCAACGAAUUCUCUAGUCUACGGGAUCAGAAGAACAUGGCAGAGCAGAAUUUCAUGGGACGGACUCAUAGAGAAGCGGGGGAGAAUGAGGGGACGUGUGCGACUGAGGAUCAUAGUUUUAUGGAGCGGAAACCAGGUACACAGGAUACUUUGCCGGGGUGGGAGAAGGCGAAGGAUACCAUGAGUAAUAUAUUUGGUUGAAUGAUGAUAGGGUGUAAGUUGCAUUUGAACUAAGGGAAUUUGUCUAUUUAUUGGAGUUUGGUUGGCUUUGAAAUAUUUAGGGCAGUAUAGUGAAGUCAUAGGUGAGUUAGAUGUCAUGAG